CUGCGCACGUGAAAAUGAGGAAGGAAACUUGGUAUAAGAAAGCAGAACAGCAUUUGCUUCAUAUGUCUUUCAUGGGCUCAACUAAUGACUGCCUCGAUCUAUCGGAAGACAGUGAGCUGAGUUUCCUUCCAAACAAAGCUGACACUGGAAACCAUGAAUGUGACAGUGAUGAAGGGCUUCAACGGGUCUGAGCGGUGCCCCAGAGACCUGAGGACAGCACAGCUAGUGUUCCCGGCCAUCUACACUGCUGUUUUCUUCGUGGGCAUCCUGCUGAACAGUUUGGCCCUGUGGGUGUUCAUUCAUAUUCCCAGCUCCUCCACCUUCGUUGUAUACCUCAAAAACACUUUGGUGGCUGACUUGAUAAUGACGCUCACGCUUCCAUUUAAAAUCCUCUCUGACGCCCGUCUCGGACCCUGGCAGCUCAGAGCCUUCGUGUGCCGUUUCUCUGCCGUUAUCUUUUAUGAGUCCAUGUACGUGGGCAUUACCCUGCUGGGGCUCAUAGCUUUUGACAGGUUCCUCAAGAUCAUCAGACCUUUCGGAAAAUUCUUCGUACAGAAACCUGCUUUUGCAAAAGGGGUCUCAACCCUCAUCUGGCUCUUUUUGUUCCUCCUCUCACUGCCAAACAUGAUCUUGAGCAACAAGGAAGCAACGCCAUCUUCUGUGAAAAAGUGCGCCUCCUUAAAGGGUCCUCUGGGGCUGAAAUGGCAUGAAGCGGUGAAUUACAUUUCCCAGUUCAUCUUCUGGACUGUUUUUGUCCUAAUGCUUCUCUUCUAUACGGUUAUUGCAAAAAAGGUGUAUGAUUCUUACAGGAAGUCCAAGAGUAAGGACAGCAAGAACAACAAAAGGCUAGAAGGUAAAGUGUUUGUUGUUGUGGCUGUCUUCUUUGUGUGUUUUGCUCCGUUUCACUUCUCCAGAAUCCCAUAUACUCACAGUCAAACCAACAGUAAGACUGAUUGUCGACUGCAAAAUCAACUGUUUCUAGCUAAAGAAUCAACUCUCUUUUUGGCAGCAACUAACAUUUGCAUGGACCCCUUAAUAUAUAUACUCUUAUGUAAAAGGUUCACAGAGAGGCUACCGUGCAUGAAAGGGAGGCAGAUCGCAGCAUUCACUCAGGAAAAUCAUACGAGUCAGUCGGACAAUAUAACCCUAGGCUGAUAACUUUAUCAUAGUUAACUAUUUAUUGAUGAGACUUCAAAUGACAAUUUACUUAGAAAUCAAACCAAGGCAAUAAAAAAAAUGGAUUAGAACAAAAGUUUUGUUACUUUUUACUAUCCUGGUUCAUAGAAUGGAUCAUGUCAACUUUAAUUCACUGUAAUCUAUUCACAAGCAGAAUAAUGCCUUAGUAAGAGAAAGCACAAUAGGAAGCAAAUGGUGGCCACUAGAGGUCACCUUUUCAAGAGCAUUCACUUCCACUUUGGAAAAGGUGUAUUAUGGGGAAAUGUAUGUUUCUAAAAACACAUAUUUUUUUAAAUAUAAAAAAAUAUAUUCCUUCACUCUAAAA